AUGCGGUCCAUUUGGUUUGUUCUGGUGUUUUUGGGAAGCACGUUGUUCCGAUGCGUGGUUUCUACCGGUGAAUUAGUUGAGGUGUCCAACGGUCACAAACAGUUCAUUUCUGCAGUAGCAACCCCGACUCGAGUUGGGGCAAAGCGUGGUGCCCGAUUUCUCGGUCUGUUGGGACUUCUGACCGGCUUAACGUUGGUGGAUUCACUCGAAGACGAAAGUGAUCGACCCCGACGGUCCGGGUUUGUGAAGAUAGACGUUGGACGGCCAGCGUCGUUCGAUGGGUUCUACGGUGGGUAUGGCUACACCGGUGGACCGCCGUAUUGGUCCGGUGGGUCCUCGAUAAACAUUAAAAUUCCCUUCCGACCGGGAGGAGGAGGCGAUUUCGAAACGAUGGCGCUCUUUCCGUUCCCCGUUCCGUAUCCCAGCGGUCCGGGAGGGUUUGGAAGCUUCUCGCCCCAUGGAAACGAGCCUCCACUCGAGCCACGACCGUCCAUCUUCGCCGAUCCGAUUCCGAGCGGAUCGAGCGGUUCGGGAACGGUUCUAGCAGAUGAGGGUGAACAAUCGACGAGGAAAAAUAAGGGGAAAAGGGGCUCAGCGCGUACGAAAGUGAGUCCCCCACGUACCAUCCGUAGUACGCUUCGGGCGGACGGUGACGAAAUGAUCGAUGACGACGUAGAGGAAACGUCCGCUGCAGCUUUGGAUACUACUACCGAGCUACUCGUCAUCGAAGACCAACCUGCUACAGACCUCCCGCCCCCUGCCAACACAACCAAUGAGACCAAUUCGUUGAUCGAUACCCCUUCGGAGGGUCUUACAGCGCAACCCGUUUCCUUGGCGUCGAUCGUUCAGGACGUCAAUUAUGUCACGCAGCCAUCAUCUCCCUACCAGAGCUACCCGAACAGUCUGGCCGACGUUUCCGCGAUCGAACUGACGACCGACGACCGAGCCGAGUUUCAGCCCAGCCGAUCCGAUCACUGGCAGGACUUUUACAGCAGCGUGUCGCACGUCCGUGAUCAUCAUCAUCAUCCUCAUCAGCGAGACUUCCUUCCCAUCGCGACCGUGCCGGCCUACUGA